UAUGGCUCCUCCUGCAGAAAAACAACACCAGAAGCUCGAGACACAUCAGAGUUACGCACAAACUGUACGACACAUGCGGCGCAUGUUUGUCUUUACGUCGGAAAGUCAGGCUGUAACAGCUGAGGAUCAUCAGGAGUCUGAUUCAGGGUUAUUAACGCGACUUCACCAACAACCUCUGUGAGAAGAUCAACUGGAAUGAAACGAUUAAAAUUAAAGUCUGCUGAAACUGUUCCCGAAGCCAUCAUCGAAUCAGAGCACGCUGCAGGUAUGUCUUCAUUAGUUUCAGCAAAUGAAGAGGUGUCACUUCAAACCCAAAAAAAACAGGACUGGGCCAUACAAUACAUGGAGGGCAAAACUAGACCUCCAAAGAGCAUUAAGAAAGCCAGGAAAAAGAGAAUCGCUACGUCUACAUCAAAAUGCAAAAGGGGUCAACGAGCCGUUCAGCUGCUCUCAACAGAAGACAUUUCUCUGCAGGAACAAAACGAAAAAGGCCACGAUAAAGAAGCUACCAACAGCUCAACACCAGCAGUGUUCACAAAUUUAAAGCUUCAAAAUCCACGAAAACAUGCUGCAAAUACUAAACAAUGUAAAGCAGAGGCUGUGAAUGUACCUGUAUGUGUUCCAUUUUGUGAUUACAGUGCAAUAAACCAAUGUGCGUCUGCUGAAUUGUUAAUGCGCACGUCAGAUACAAAGACUGACCCAGCCAGAGAACCAGUGACACCGACAUCAACUAAAAGGAGAAAUUUAAAGACAAGAAGACAACGAAAGAGACCAGUACAGAAAGGAACGCAUACAAUAACUUUAAAUGUCCCUAUUAAAGUGGAGAGUGAUUAUUUUGAUAUGCAGUGUGAUGCCUUGGAAGAGGAAACAGUCAGGAGAAAUACUCCUGAUAAAAAACAUAAAGGCAAAGGUCAAAGAAAAAGGAAAAAGGUAGAGUACAACGCUAGUGAGCAAACCUUGAAUCCUGACGUGAAUAUUAAAAGUGAACCGCCAGGGGAAGUUGUACCAAAUCAGAUGGAUUUUCCUCUGAUGGACAUAAAAACUGAAUUAGAUGGGAGUCAUGUGACACCCAUAAAACCUCCCACAAAAACUCGACCUUCCAGGAAAAGAAAACUCCCAAGAAAAUACAUGGAUGAUGCCAAAAAACCCACCACACUGGCAUCUAUCGGUGGCAGUGGAGAGGAACUUCCAUGUUUGGGGCCACCGGGCGAUGAGUUAAUCAAUGCAGCUGGUGAAGAGAUCAGUAAUAAAGCAGAAGAGGAUGUGGAGAAUUUGGAAUCAUCAGUUUGCAAAUCAUUGAAGCAAAGAGGGAGGAGAAAGAAGGUAAAACCGGAGCCUGACAACAUUUUCUUAGAAAACCUGCAAAGAAAUGAAACAGAUGAAGGCAAAAAAUGCAACAAAAUAAAGCAGAGAAAAGUGACAUCUACCAGUUUAGGAAGUAAUGAUGUGAUGGUUCAUGGAGUGACUGCACAAACUGAAGACGGUUUAAUAAGUUCACAAAUAAAAUCUUUAUCAAAAAAAAGGAGCACAAAGAUGGUUAAAAAGGAGCCGAUGGUAGAGGAAGCAGUGCAGAGAAAUGUCACUAUUUCAGAUGAAGUUUUGACUGCUCAAGACAAUCUUGACAAUGUGUCCAAAAAUAAAAAAGACAAAAAGAAGAGGAGAGGUAAAAGGGCAAAGCAGAAGCUGGUAUCAGUUGGUUCAGGUGACCGGUUUGCUGAGGCAGUUCAUAUUGUUCCAAAUCCUCCUUUCUCUUCUUUAAAUCAAAAUUUACCUGAAGAUGUGAAAGUGAAGAGUAAGAAGAGAUGCAAAAGAGUGAAACCAGAGCUGUGUGCUGUCAGUUCAGUUGAUAGUAACAUAAAUGUGACAGAUGUGAAAUCAGAACCGGAGGAUAAUGUCUCUGCUUCUUUAGGAGGUCCAUCAACUGAGAAAUGUAUCACAACUUGUGUGAAGGGAAGCCGACGAGGAAGUCAAAGGCUGAAAAGUAAACGUAAGCCGAAAACCUCAGCAGCCGUUUUAUCAGAGAACGCGUCACAGAUUGAAGAAGUGGUAUCAGAUUUGCAAAAUGUCCUUACAGUUUCUUUUGAGGUUGACUGUGAGGCACCGACAGCAGACUUAAAAUGGGGGGAAAAUAUGAAAAAGAAUAACAUGGUCAGACAAACAUCAAAGAAAAAGACAUUAAUGGGACUGACAAACCUGGAAUCUAGUGAACAACAACACCCUAAAUGUGAUACUCGAGGUGUUGUGAAUCAAGAAAUGUGUGAUAAAUCAAAGAUAAGGUGCAAAAGAAGGAAAAGAAAAGCAUGUACAAGGUCGAAAAGUGUAAAAAUGGAAAACUCUUGUAAUAAGCCUCUUCUUGGUUACAGCUCUUCACAAGACACAAUCUUUGAUGGGAUGGAUUUAAAUGCUGCUAAACAAGAACACGAUAAAAGUGAGAAGUCAGAAUUAACAUCAGAGGCGGCAUCUUCAUUUCAGGAUAAAAUCAUCCUGGUUGAGUCAGUCCCGUCUGCUGUUCCUGCAAGAAAAUCAAAAAGGACAAUGAUAAGGACGAGACGAAGGAGGAAUAAAACAGGAAGGGCUGCCAGGAAGAAAUUUAAGCGACCUCAGAUCAGUGCACACUGCAGUAAUCCAGCUGACUUGGAAAUAUGCGCUUUUUCAUUUAACUCCAGUCGCUGUAAUUCAAUAUCAGAUGAUGAAAUGAUCACUCUUGAACUGAGAGAUGAAAAUGAUGAUGUCAAACAAAGAAACACUGUACAAACACUGAUCGACGAUCAAGCAGAGGAGAUGACAGUCAAAGUCAAACACUCUUCUAAACUUAAAAACUACGACCCUCGCCGUCAUAAACGGAAAUCACAAAAACCCCUUGAAUGCUCGUUUUGUGGUCGCUCGUUUCGACACAUUACAGCCUUCACAGUCCACAAGCGCAUUCACACGGGAGAGAAACCUUACAGAUGUCCAACAUGUGGCAAGAGAUUUUCUCAGCUUUCCCAACUCAAUGUGCAUUCAAAAAUCCACACUGAACCUCAUGCAGUUUGUUGCCCGUGUUGUGAUGAGAAAUUUAAAAGUAAAGAUGAAAUGAUCUUGCAUUUCCAUAUUCAUAUGAAAAACAUUCAAACCUCAAAUAUGACUGAAGACACAACAGAAGGAAAAGAUGCAAACAACCAACAGGUGAGCGAUUGUUUGGAUUCUCCAGUCGCUUCCAGCCACAAUAAACCUUUCAGAUGCUCAGUUUGUUUUAAGGAGUUUAUGAACCGAGCCACUUUUAAGAUGCACAGACGAAUGCAUGGUGGAAAGUCGGACACCUGCUCUGUCUGCGGGAAAAAGUUCUGCAAAAGUUCUGCAGGUUUCGUCAAGUUACGGGAGCUUAAACGUCACUCUCAGAUGCCUUUCUCCUGUGCCAGAUGUGGAAAAACCUUCAGCAGCUUUGAAUUGUUCCACUUGCAUCAAGUGUUUGAAGUUUGCUCAGAGAAACAAGCCACUGCUCACAGAAAACCAAGUGGUAUUGACGGAUUCUUGGUUUCUCAGAGUGUUGAAGGACAGAUAGUCACCCCUGUGUAUUUUAAAUGCCUGAUAUGCAAGCAGCUUCAUCGUCACUGGUGCCAGUAUGUUCUCCAUUUGCAAACACACACUCAUAGCAAGUCUUACACUUGUGAGACAUGCAGACAACAGUACGACCAGACAGCUGAAAUGAGGAGUCACUGCAUAGUUUGCUGCAGAAGAAGUGGGGAAGAGAGGGCGUGUAGAUCUUCCCUGACUGACAUCUGGAAGGAACCAGAAGCUCCACAGAAUCAGGUGCUUGAACCUCACCUGGACGAUCAAAGUGAACCUCCAGAUGACGACCAGACAGGUCAAAUGUCGGUUUUACCUCAAGUGGAAACAGGUGAAAAAGAGGUUACAGACAUGCAAUCAUCACGACCGUCACCGAGCAGCUCAAGCCUGUCUGUAAAUGACGAGUUUGACAUCAGUGCUCUGAGCUCAGAUUUCUGUCCGGCACUUGAUCAAGCAUCUCGACAGCCCUCCAGAUUUCGUCUUCAGUCACUAAUUGGCAGGCAUUGUGGCAGAUACUCAUGUGGACACUGUGGAAAGUCCUUUAACCGGUGGAACAAGCUGUGGCUGCAUCAGCGUUCCCACCGACAAACUGGCAGACCGGCUUUCUCCUGCAGCCAGUGUGAGCUGGAGUUUCGCUUCUUGGGUUCGUACAUCGAUCACCUGUGGGAACAUGCAGCUCAGACACCAUACGCAUGCCCUUUAUGUCCUGACACCUUUGCCAAUGAAGAAAACUUAACCACCCACAUCUCUGAAUGUCACAAACACCGUGAUUUUAAGAAAUGUAGCACAUGUGGAAAGAAUUUUUCCACCUUGAGAAACUUGAAGAAACACAAGCUGCUACACAAAGGGGCCAGCUCACAUUUCUGCCGCCCAUGUAACGUCUCAUUCUCCAGUAACAGUGCCUUAAAGACUCAUCUGAAGACUCACAAGACACGUCUUAACGUCCCGCAGCCUGCAGGGCUUGUUGAGCCUCUCUUAUUUCCGUAUCACUGCAGGAAGUGCACCGCGAAGUUCUCGAGCACAGAUCUGCUGCAGGCGCAUCAGAUUUGUCAUUUCACUGCAGGGAAAAAGCCGGAGAGCCCCCCAGAGAGUGUUGUCUCUUUUAUUCACAGCAGAGCCCCAGAAGACACCCAUGGAGGCGUUUCAGAGUCGUCUUGGCGAAAACGGCGUCUUCCAGUGAGCAAUAAGAAGCACUUGUUCAGGUAUCCUCAUCCAGACCGCCUGUAUGUCGUACCUGUCGUCUCCUCAGAGCCGCCCAUCGUCAUUUCAGAUACAGAAGAGGAACGUCAGGAGGUUCAGGUCCAAAGUUCGUCCAUCACUUUCUCUGCCAGCAACACAGUGUCUGAUUUUCCUCAGAGACAACCAGGUUUUAAUUCUUCAGAUCCAAAUAUGCCAGAUAUACCACAGUCCUCAGCUGUUGCCACACUCAGAGACAUGGACGAACAUGAAACAGGCAGCUCAAAGAACCAACGUCAGGAUCAUUCAGAUAAAUCCCCAAUCCUCCCAGAAUCACAUCAAGACCAGGACGCAUGCAAAGGUACAAAUGAUAUCAGUGGCUUUGAAAGUGAUUCAGCUGAACUUAUACCACUUCUGUUGUUUUCCGAGGAUAAAGAGAUUGUGGAUGAUAUCCACACUUGUGCAAUUUGCAGGGAAACAUUUACAGAUAUCUCAAAGCUGCAUGAGCAUUACAUAGAUCAUGCCAGGGGGUUGUAGAAGCAGAAACUGUAGGCUGAAUUUACAGUAUUGGGCCUGGCUGCUGAGUCAUGAAUAACUCUAAUGGUUUUACAGACUUUUAAAAAAGGGAAAUCGUGAAUGUAAGCUUUUAUUUGGUCUAAAAUUAGCACUUUAUUGAUGUGUUUGAGGUAAAAUUUGAACAUUUGUGUUGCAUCCAAGGUGGUUUUUAAAUUUAAAUUGUUUAAGAAGUAGGUGACUUUUCUCAACCUUAAUUAUUCAGUUUAUCUGAAAAAUUCAAAUAAGCCAAAUAUGGAAAUACAUGUUUGUUUGUUUUUACCGGACAGAGACAUUACAGUAUGUUAUUGUAAAAGGAAAACUUUUAUUGCAACUAUUGCAGCUCUCUGAUAUUCUGCUACUGUUUGUACACAGCUGUUUUGUUUUUACCUACUUUUUCUUUUCUCUUUAGUAUAGUAUUUUUGAUAUACAGUAUGGUUAUAUCUUAUUGUGAUUAUGAAAACUCACCAGUAUUUGAUUUGUACAUUUCAGUUGAGAUUUGAAAUAUAUGGGUCUUUUUAAUUUCCAUCAAUGUGAACAGCUGUGAUCUUGUGAACGUCAGUGAUGACCAGUGUUGUGCAUUUUGUUUUAUACUUUGUAUCUUGUCUACGAGGCAAACAGUUAACGUGUUUAGAGUUGUUGGACUCAAGAAACAGAAACCAUACAUGUAAAACAUAUUCCUGUGAAUCUAUAUUCAUCCGUGAAAAUCUUUUGUCAUAUAAUAGUUUUUCAGUAAAAAAUGGACACCAUUAUGAUUUUU